AUGACUGAAGUUGAACAACACAUUGGACCCUUUUCUUCACCACAAAUAUUACCAUCCUCAAUACCUUCUUCACCUGCUACUAUAAGUUUAGAUACUUUUCCUCUUAUUUGUGAAAAUCCACCUAUUAGAGCUUUAACAGCAGCUCAAUAUUAUCUUAUUCAUGAAACUUAUUAUUCAACUCCUUUACCAAAUCAUAUAUUAUUUCCUUGGUUACAUGGU